AUGGGGCCAGUCGCCUACUUCAGCCUCUGCCUCCUCGGCUGCCUGAUCUUUAACCCCUCGCUAUCAGGGGCACGAGCUGCAUCCUGUCCCACGGGCUGGCUACACUUCCAAGACGCCUGCUAUGGAUACUUCCCCCAGGAGGCCACCUGGAGAAGGGCUGAGGCUCGGUGUCAGAGCUACGGCAGCGGGGCCCAUCUCGCCUCCAUUCACAGCGAGGAGGAGCACAACGCAGUCGCUGGUUUCAUCGCCCGCUCUCAGCGCCAUGACGACGACGAUGAUGACGGUGAUGAUGUCUGGAUCGGACUCCAUAUCCCCACCCGGAGCCGAAGAUGGUCAUGGGCAGACAGCUCUGAACUGGACUUCAGUGCUUGGGAUAGCCACAGAAGCUACUCUUCCCUGAAGGGGGAGCACUGUGCGGUGCUGGAGGAAGACACAGGUUUCAUGACUUGGGACAACGACUCCUGUAACGAUAGAAACCCGUUUGUCUGCAAGUACAGGCCUUAG